UUACCAAGGCCUUUGCUGAUUGUGAUUAAUGAUUGACCCAAAGGUUGCUCCUGAGAGAGCUGAGAUCCUCCCCCACCCCAGGAGCAGCAGGGCUCAGGGGCUUUGCAGACCCAGCUGGACCCAGAUGCCUGCCCCCCAGGAUUACCCCGAGCUGAUCCAGCAGCACCGGCAGGCCCUGCUUCGCUGGAUCAAGGGGAACCCCCACGCCCUGCUGCGUCGGCUCCAUGACACCGAGGUGCUGAGCCAGGCCGAGUACUUCGCCCUGCUGGAGACGGCCCCCGAGAUGAACCAGGUCAUCGCGCUGCUGGAGUGGGUCAGCCAGGGUGUUGAGCGGAGCCGGUGCUUCCUGGAGGCGUUGCGGGAGCUGCAGGAGGAGUACGGCGCCGAGCUCCAGCAAUGGCUGCAGGAGAAGUACCCGGAGAAAAAGAGACCGUGUCCUCCAUUGCAACCAGAUAAUCCCAACCCUCCGAAAUCCAACCACACAUUCCUGCAGAAAAUCCUACGGAAAAAAAACAAGAAGUAUGAGCCAACCCCAGAGCCGCCAGGUGAGGAGCGCACUGGGAAUCUGAACUUCCGAAAGGCCCCGAGUGCCUCGUUGAAAGCUGUCCUGCAGCGCCACCGGGCCUCUCUGCUGCGGCACACCCAGCAGCUGUGCACCAACGCCUGUGACGCCCGCUCCUGCGCCCUCAUCGAGAUCCGCUACACCCCGCUGCUGCUGCUGGACCACCCCGGCCCCAUCCAGGGCCCCCGCCGGGUGGCCCUGAGCGGCGCCGCCGGCAUUGGCAAGAGCGUGACCAUGCAGAAGAUCCUGCACGACUGGGCGCUGGGCGCGGCUUUCCAGGGCCCCCUCUGCGCCUUGGAUUUCUCCUGCCGGGAGCUCAGCAUGAUGUCCAGCCCUGUCACCCUGGAGGGGCUGAUAUGCACCAAGCGUCCCCACCUGCAGGAGGUGCUGCCCGAGCUGCUGGCACGGCCCGGGGACCUCCUCAUCCUCGUGGACGGCUUGGAUGAAUUCCGGCACCCAUUGGACGGUGGAACUCCCUGCCACCGGCCCGGCCAGCCAGCCCACGUCAAGGAGCUGCUGCACGGCCUCAUCGACGGGACCCUGCUGCCCGGGGCGGCCGUCGUGGUGACGUCUCGGCCAUGCCUGGCCCUCUCCAGCAUCCCCUUUGAUCGCCACUUGCUGAUCCUCGGCUUUGAUGAGGACCAGGUGGAGGACUACUUCCGCCGGUUCUUCCGGGAUGCCGAGCGAGCCGCUGCCGUGCAGGGCUACAUCUCCGGCCACCAAGGCUUAGCCGGGCUUUGCUUCAUUCCCCUCUACUGCUUCAUCUUAUGCACCGCCCUGGGGGAGUUCUUCCCCGCCGGCAGGGCAGCUGACCCAUCUCCACCCACCACCAUCACCGAGGUCUAUCGCUGCUAUAUGGCCACCAUCCUGGGAACCGGCUGGUCUCCGGAGCCGGGCUCCAGGCAGCAGGUCCUGGGCCUGGGGCGCCUGGCAUACGCGGGCCUCUUGGCCGGCAAGAUCCUCUUCACCCCAGCUGAGCUGCGGGAAUUCGGAUUCGACCCCCAAGACCUUCCGGGCACUUUCUUCAACCCCAUCUUCUCCAGAGAAGACCACCAGGUCUAUUGCUUCUUCCAUCUGACGGUGCAGGAGUUCUUGGCUGCACUCUACUGCGUGGCUGCCCUGGAUCCUGGCGCUGAGGACCUCAUGCCCUGCCUGGAUCUCUGGUGGGAGGGAUCAGCCGGGCAGGAUGGGGACCCAGAGCCUUCCUGGACAUCACCAGGUGAAUCCAGUCUCCUCCACUCCACCAGGCAGCUCCUGAGGGGCCACCAGCCCCGGUGGGACAAUCUCCAGAUGUUCGCCAGGUUCUUCAUGGGGCUGCUGACCUCCAGGAUGGAGGGGAAGCUGGAAGGGUUGGCCGCAGGCUUCUCCGGAGACGUGCUGGGGCCUGUGGCGGACUGGCUGGGGAGGAAGCUCAGGGGAGACACCGAGAGGCGCCUCCUCUCGCUCCUGCAUUGCGUGGCUGAGCUGCACCAGGAGGGGGUGACAGGCCGGGUGGCCUGCGAGCUGGAGGACAUCAACCUCUUCAAGGUGACCCUCAAUCCAGCUGACUGCGCCGCCCUGGCCUACGUGCUGGGGGCCUCCGAGCCUGGGCGGGUGAAGAACCUCAACCUGAGCUACAGUAACAUGGGCAUGGCCGGGCUGCGCAGGAUCCGGGGACUGCUGCACCGCUGCGAGACGCUGCAGCUGCGCUACAAUUCUCUGGACAAGGAGGCAGCCAUCAUAGAGGCCGAGGUGCUGAGAUCCCCUCAAUGCCAAGUGAAACGGCUGCUCCUGUGAGGGAACUGCCUGGGCUCGGAGGGGGCGAGGCGGCUGUGGGAGGCCCUGCGGGAGAACCGCACCCUGGAGGAGCUGUACCUG